AUGGCUGUCGACAACUCCCUCGAGUCGCUGCUCGCGACACUCACUUCCUCUAUUCAAUCUGCCACAGAAGCACUGCCCACAGACGACAUCCUGCCACCGAAAGAAGGCAUAUCACUACUCGAUGUCAAGAACGAACUGCUGCUCUCAUACCUGCAGAACCUGGUCUUCCUCAUCCUCUUGAAGCUACGAUCUCGCUCUGCCUCGAAUGGAAACAAGGAUACUUCUCUGCACCCCCAAGAAGAAGUCGUCCAGAAACUCGUCGAGCUACGAGUAUAUCUAGAGAAAGGCGUGCGUCCACUGGAGAACAAAUUGAAAUACAACAUCGACAAAAUCAUCCGCACCGCAGACGAUGCUGCACGCCGCACAAGCCAAGCCACUGCCAAACCAAGAAGUAGCAAACCAGCAAGGAACACAAAGACGGCUACCACCAUCGACAACACGGGCUCAGACUCCAACAUCAGCGAUGCCGACUCCGCCGCCGGCUCCGACCAGUCCGAAGACGACGAAGACGAAAUGGCCUACGCCCCACGCGCCACCGCAGUCGCCCACUCCAAGACGGAAGCCGCAGAAGCAGAAAAACACCGCCAAGCAGCCAAAGACAACAUCUACCGUCCCCCGAAAAUAACACCCAUCUCCAUGCCCACGACCGAAUCCAAAGAGGCCCGCCGAGACCGUCGCCCCGCCAAAUCAGCCACUCUGGACGAAUUCAUCGCCACCGAACUCUCCGGCGCGCCCAUGGCCGAACCCAGCAUCGGCAGCACAAUCACACAGGGUGGCCGGCACACAAAGUCGGAACGGGAGCGCAGAGAGGAGAAUGAGCGGCGCGAGUACGAGGAGUCAAACUUUACCCGCUUGGCGCCAGACAGCAAGAAGCAGCAGGCGAAGAAACUGGCGCGUCAGCGGGCGAGCGGUGGCUUUGGCGGCGAGGAGUGGCGCAGUCUGGGCGCGGGCAUUGAGCGCAUUGAGCGCUUGACGCAGAAGAAGGGCGGCAAACUCGGCUCGCUGGAACAGAGUCGGAAGAGGCCGGUGGGCGAUGGGCCGAGGGGGUCGGGAUCUGCGGUCGGGGAUGCGUUUGAGAAGCGGAGGAAGGUGGUUUCGAGAUAUAAGUGA